AUGCAUCGUCUCACAAGUGCUUCGAUCCGAACUAAAUCCACGCUUGCCGAGAAACUGAGAUCAGCGGUUGGCGGUGCGGAUUACGGAAAAACAAAACAAGUUUUUUCGGGAUCGGCAACAGUCAAAGAUGAUAAUGUAAGCACAUUUUCAUUCCCGUAAUUGAUUAUUUUCUACAGGGCGAGGAGUUUCGUGAGCUUUACGUGAUGCCGAAGCGAAAGCUGAGAGGCCAAACGCAGUUGGAGCAGGCGACCGGAAGAGCCGAAGUGAAGACGCGUAGUCGGACGGACCUGAUGGACAGACUGGCAGAGAGACCUCCUCGCAGCGAAGAAAUGGAUCCGGAGCAGAAAUGGUCGGAUGUGUGGCCGGCGGCUCGAACGUUCGCAGCUAGUGUCGUUCCGCUCCCAGUCAGAAUGGGCAGUCGGCCUGACGUUGAGAAAAGAGCGCCGUUCAAGAAAGAAGGAAAUCUGGAGCUCGUUAAGAUUCCCAAUUUCCUUCAUUUGACACCAGCGGCCAUUCAAGAACAUUGCGAAGCCAUCAAAAGUACGUCUCGUUUCCUUUUUCUAUCGUACAAACGUCAAAAUUUCAGAAUUCUGCACCCCUUUCCCUCCGGAGCUUUUAAAUAAUGCGAGUCUUUCAAAGACAGAGUUGCCGAUCAGUUUGCAGUAUAACACAUACAUCCAUCAGGGAACGAAGAUCGGAGACAUUCGGAGCCGUGUCGUUACGAUGAAGGUCGGCGUGGAAGCGUUGAAUCUCACGGAGAAGGCGUUGGACAAGUUUAUCCGAUUGGUCGGCAAUCGAUACAACAAAAAUACUAACGAGUUGACGAUCAUCACGGACAGAUGCCACACGCGAAAGCAGAACGUCGAUUACGCGUACUACCUGCUCACCGUUCUUUAUCACGAAGCGAACAAAGUGGAACAAUGGGACAGUCUCGCGGAGAGAGCCGAUCAUCUGAAGGUUGAAUUCGAAGGAUCGGCGACGAGGAUUAAGCUGGUGGAACUGAUUGAGAAGGCGAAAAGUGCGGAAGGAUUGAAGUGCAUGGCAGAUGAGAAAACGGUGGAAAAGUUCGGAGAAAUGUGGAAGGAUUACCGGAAUACCGAAGAGACCGUCGAGAAGACACGCGAGUACAGCAGACAAAUGAAGGAUUUGCUGGGAAUCCAGAAAGCCGUUUAG